AUAAGACGAUAACAUUAAAUACAUAGAUAGUUUCGUUGAAAUUAAACUGAACCAUAAUUAAUUAAUAAGUAUAGGUAUUCUCACAAAACUGCUGAACGUAUUUAUUUACGCGCUUCAAUCGUAACAAAUCACUCCUCGAUAACUUGCGUAUUUCUUCAAAAUUUACUAAUAAAUUCAAAAGAAAUACCUACUGUGUGGGUGUGGUAUCAUGUCUCAAGUAAAAUUUGUCAGUGAUCCCGAUAAAGCGGUUUAUGACUCGUUUUGUGGAUUCCAUAAAUUAUUUCCAGCCUAUACCGUAGAUGCAGAAAGAAGAAUAGUUGUUUCAAAUAAAAUUGUGAAAGAUAAAGUAUGCAUUGUCAGCGGAGGUGGAUCCGGUCACGAGCCGAACAGUGCAGGAUAUGUUGGUCAAGGAAUGCUUUCAGCAGCUGUCGGUGGCUUAAUUUUUGCAUCUCCACCCAGCAGUACGAUUUUUGCUGCUAUACGUACACUGGCAGAGCAGAACAAUAACGCUGGAGUACUCGUGUUGCUAAUGAAUUACACCGGCGAUGUUUUAAAUUUCGGUUUAGCUAUCGAAGAAGCUAAGACUCUUGGCAUCAAAGUGGAAAGUGUAGCUAUGGAAGACGAUUGUUCAAUUCCGAGGAAUGAAGUUCAAGGAGCUGGUCGUCGUGGUAUGACUGGAACCGUUGUAGCUAUGAAGAUCAUUGGACAUUUGGCCAGAGCAGGAAAAAAUUUAUCCGAAUUAGUUCAAGAAUUUAACACAUUGAAAGAAAAUGUUGCUUCAUUCGGUUGCGCAGUUUCUCCUUGUACUGUACCUGGCGUAGGCCCAUUAUUCAAGUUAGGCUCUGACGAAGUUGAAAUUGGUAUAGGAAUCCACGGUGAAGCUGGAGUUCAACGAAUUCAGAGACCACCCAUCGAUGAUUUACUCGAAAUAAUUUUGAAAAGGAUAUUGGAAGACUUGAAAUUACAGUCAGAUUCGAGAGUAUGCGUAUUUUUAAAUAAUGCAGGCGCUACUUCUCAAUUAGAACUGAGCAUAAUAAUUGGAAAAAUUCAUAGCCAUUUAACUAAUAAGAAUAUCACCGUUGAACGCAUGUAUUGCGGAGAUUUUAUUACUUCUUUGGAUAUGGCUGGCUUUCAAAUUUGUAUUUUGAAUUUAACGCAGCAUCCUGCAUGGUUGGAAUGUCUGGAUUCCAGCACAGAUGCCCCAGCGUGGCCUGGAACUGAUUUAAAUGUACCAUCGGAAACGCCUCAAAAUUCGAUUUCCAUUAGUGACGAGGAACAUCACGGAUUCGAUAAAACAGGUCCAAAAUUCACUCAAGAACAAAUCAAAUUGUUUGAAAAAUGCUUGAAUGCCAUUGCCAGUGCAUUGAUCAAAGAAGAAUCCCGUAUAAAUGAAUUGGAUACAUUGUCAGGAGAUGGUGAUGCUGGAUCUACGCUUAAAAGAUUUGCAGAUGCUCUACAGAAACAGCUUCCAAAACUGAAUUUGGAAUAUCCAGCAGCUAGUCUUUAUCAAAUGUCCAAACUGUGCCAAAAUGAAAUGGGCGGUUCAUCCGGAGGAAUAUACGGUAUUUUUUUGACCUCAGCUGCUAAAUCUGUAGCUUCGUCAUCUUCUCUCGAUGUAUCAGCAGCGUGGAAAUCAGCCAUUGAAACCGUAUCACUUUACAGUAAGGCUAAAAUUGGAGAUAGAACCAUGAUGGAUGUUAUCAUACCUUGCUACGAAGAAUUUAAUUCGCAAAUAAAACAAAAUAAAGAUUUGAAAUCCGUUAUGGAACAAGUUGUUAAAAUUGCCAAAGCAAAAUGUGAAGAAACUCGUCACAUGAAACCGAGACUUGGCCGAGCUAGUUAUGUGCCUUCAGAAUAUAUUAAAGACGUAGAUCCGGGUGCAUACGGUGUAAUGUUAUGGUUAGAAGUAAUUUUAAACGUUAUCAAGUCGUAACCGGGCGUACGAGUACACGUUACACGUUACCAAAACAAUUUUCUCAAUACGUCAUCAAUUAACGAAAAAUUAUGUAUCAUUCAACUUAUACGCGGGACGCGGGUUUAUAAGUACUACGCAUACAGUCGAACAGCUGGGUUGUGUUCGUGUAUAUUUAAUCACACUGGUACACACAUGUAAUUGAUGAAUGUUUUCAAAUAAAACGCAUUAUUUUUUCGGUUUUUCUUUGAAAUUCGA